AUGUCCUCCGUCUUCCGCCUCCGUAGCGAGGUCGCCUACAAGGGCAAGGACAACUACCGCCCGGUUGUGGUUGCUGGCGAUACGUUCGUGCGUGGCGCGCUCAAGAAGCUCGUCAGGGUCGGCGCAGUCUCGUUCGAAAGGAACGGCUGCCAGGGCAAUCCCGUCAUCGCUUACUUCCUUCGCCACGGCGCCGCGCAGGGUCAAGCUAUCCCGCUCUCCAAUAAGUACACGCUCACCACACCCACAACAAACAAGCCCUACAGCGGGGUCUCUAGCGGCUUGAACCCUAUUCGCGUCACACCGUACUUCCCCGGACUACGCCAGCUUGCUCAGGGGGAGAUUACAUUUACAUACCGCAUCAUGUAA